UGGUUGAAACCCCCAAUCAGGUGACGUCAGCAGAGGGUUUUCUGCGUGCGCAUGUCGCUGGUUUUGAUCCCCCAAAAAUUCCAUAUACCCUCUUCCCAUUCGACCCCAAAUCCGAAUAAUUCCAACUUGCUUCUCCCAAAUUUGUCAUCUUUCUAUUCAUCAAUCCAUUUAGGGUUUCAAAGUCUUCUCCUUUUCCUCUGCAAUUUCCCCCCUUUUCGAAACAACAAUCACCCAAUCAUACAGGUUGGCCAUGAGGUAGAAACCUUAUACCAAAUGCUAGCUCAUUGCAUUUGGGGUGACUUUACAAAUUACACUCUUUCUGCAAUUUGGUAUCAACAUGUGUUGUUUCCUGAAUUAAGCUGGUAGAAUAGAAGCUUAUGGGGUUGUAGCUUCUGGGAGUUUUGAUUUGGGGCUGGUGGCAUAAAGGAAGUACUCCUUCAGAUUGAGGGAUAUGUUGCACAUGGCUCCAAAUCUGAAGCUAAGGUUAUGUGUUCCUUUGAUGUUGUUUUUAGUGUUAAGUUUUGUUCUCUUCGGCAUUUCGAAUGCUGAAUUGGAACAACAAGUUUUACAUAAGGUUAGAGUUGCUCCGCAUAAGGAUGUAGGAUCCAAUGUAAUUGGUGGUGCUGGUUUAGAGAAUUCCUUUAAGAUUGAGAAUGCCAAUAAUUUGAAGGGUGGAAGCAGUAAAGUUUCGGUUUCGACGGUUGCAUUGUUUACAUUGGCAAUGGCAGCUGCCACUGGUUUAGGUGCUGUGCCUUUCUUCUUUGUGGAGCUUGAUCCACAAUGGGCUGGGCUAUGCAAUGGAAUGGCUGCAGGUGUCAUGUUGGCUGCAAGCUUUGAUCUAAUACAGGAAGGGCAGGAAUAUGGUGCUGGAAGUUGGGUUGUAACUGGGAUUCUAGCUGGUGGAAUCUUUAUUUUGCUAUGUAAGAAGUUUCUUGAGCAGUACGGAGAAGUAAGCAUGUUGGAUAUAAAAGGUGCUGAUGCAACCAAAGUUGUUCUUGUUAUUGGAAUAAUGACUCUCCAUUCUUUUGGGGAGGGAUCUGGGGUUGGAGUCUCCUUUGCUGGCUCGAAGGGUUUCUCUCAAGGCCUGCUGGUAACUUUGGCUAUUGCUGUACACAACAUACCAGAGGGAUUAGCUGUGAGCAUGGUACUGGCAUCAAGGGGAGUCUCUCCACAGAAUGCUAUGUUAUGGAGCAUAAUUACAUCUUUACCUCAGCCUAUAGUUGCUGUUCCUUCAUUUAUGUGUGCUGAUGCAUUCAGCAAGUUCCUUCCUUUCUGUACGGGAUUUGCAGCUGGAUGCAUGAUUUGGAUGGUUGUUGCAGAAGUGCUUCCUGAUGCAUUCAAGGAAGCCUCAGCUUCUCAGGUAGCCUCAGCUACUACCAUUUCUGUAGCAUUUAUGGAAGCUCUUAGCACCUUCUUUCAGAAUUUCAGUCAUGAUUACAGCUCUGAGGAUGCUUCUGGCUUUUUUGUUUCGCUACUUUUUGGCCUUGGCCCAUUACUUGGCGGGAUUUUUCUGGUUGCAUUUGCACUUGCUUUUCAUCUUCAGCAUGCUCUCCUCAUGGGUACAGCUUGUGGUAUUGCCUUUGUUCUCGGCGCCUGGCGACCUGUGCAGCUAAUUUUGUCUUCAAAAUUGGGAUUUUUUCCUGUUGUGUCUCUCCUCCUAAUGGGGGCUGCUUUCAUCCAUUUUUCUUCUUCUGGGGUAUUGAAGCUUGCAGCUUACAAGAAAGCCUCAGUCAAUGACCUACCUACACUCACUGGCUUCCCAGUGAGUGUUCACACUCUUCAAUCAUUCAUAUCAUGUGGUGCGAUUGCUUUUCAUGCUUUGGCUGAAGGACUUGCGCUGGGAGUUGCUGCACCAAAAGCAUAUGGACUUGGUCGUCACAUGGUCCUUCCAGUCUCGCUACAUGGGCUUCCUCGAGGCGCAGCUGUAGCUAGCUGCAUAUUUGGCGCCACUGAUAGUUGGCACGGUUCUCUUGCAACUGCUGCCUUAAUUGGAUUUAUGGGUCCAAUUUCAGCAAUAGGAGCUAUUCUCACUGGAAUUGAUUAUAGUGGUCUUGAUCACAUAAUGGUUUUUGCCUGUGGCGGAUUAAUCCCUAGCUUUGGUACUGUAGUAAAGAGAGCACUUAGUUUGGAUAAACGGAAAAGCACGUGUGGCCUCAUUAUAGGUAUUGGUUUUGCUACUUUAUGUCUAACAUUCACUAGGUUGGUUUGCUUGCAUACACCAUACUGCAAUUCUGCGCCCGAGGCAGUUAGAUAAGACGCCACUGCUGCAUUUCCUGCAUGCUCUAUUGUUAAUGUUCUUGCAACAUUAGCUUACAUUUCUUUAGUGCACCCAUGGCAUGGUUGCACUAAUUUGAAGGGAUCCUCAAUGAAGAAACUAGAAAGAGCAAUUUCAAGGGGAUGUUCCUAAAGAACAUGCUGGUCUGUGUCAUAUUAUAGUUAUAGUUGUAUAUACAGUUAUACACAAGAUCUAAAUUUGCUGAACAAUGACAAACUAUUGAGGUUCUCAUUUUGGUUAUUUACACAGAGAAACUAAUAUUUGAGGGUGUUGCUGGCCUUGUUUUCUUAAGCCAGCUUCUUGUGAGUUUUGAUAUAUGAAUUCAUCGGUUUCCCUUUUUUGUGUA